GAAAUCAAAAAUCGAGAGGGAACAUGCGGUUGCAAUGGCCGGCGUUUCUGCUCCUCUGCGCCGUUUCGCUCGCAAUGGCACAGGAAGUCGACCAGUGUCGACAGGGAGUCGACGAUGAGCUGAUCUGGGAUUAUAACGUCAGAAGACCGCUCCGAAUGGGUGAUUACCAAGAGGUAGAGACGGAUUACGGGCCGACCGACGUAAGAAUCACGUGCAUAUGGCUGAACUCGCUGUCCGAAAAUAAUGAUGGGGCGUGGAUCACCGCCGGUGGAAUCGGCUACAACUUCGUCAAACUCAAGUUCAGGUCGAAAUAUUCGCGAGGACUUCACUACAGAGUCCUAGUUUACGGACGGCCCACCCUGAGAAGAGGUUUACUACGGUUACCUUAACGGCUAUUUUUUUUUUAAUAAACUCUCAUAUUAGUAAUUCCUUUACGUUUGCAUGUUUGAUCAUUUUAAUUUUUUUUUGAAAUUUUUUUGAUAUUGUUAGAUAACUUAUCGUGUGUAAUAAUGGGGUAAAGCUAUGCUAUAUGCGUGUCCCAAUAGAAAGAUUUUCAACGAUAUGCGCUUCUAUCACUACUCGCUUCGAAUCCGCUCACUUAGAAAUAUAUUUGUAUAUAUUUUAUUUGCAUUAUUAUCUCGUCGGCUUUCAUCCGAAGCAGCGUGUCGCACGAAUUUUCGACACCGCGCAAUAAAUCUACAGAUAGAUUUACCACCGUUGUAAUUUAGGACGUUAACCUUUUGCGUGUCCCGAUAAUACUGACAGAAAUGGAAACGUCGUGACAGGGAAUAGAGGUACUCCUCCGAUAGUAAAUAUGUCCCCUCUCAUUCUACAUUCUGACAAAAAAGUAAUAAAAAUAUAAGUGCAAGCAAUUAGAGGUACGUUUUUUUCUAGUUUUACUACAAUAACUAAUUUUCUGUUUUGCCAUAAUUAAACGAGUAUAAGCUCCUGCUUUGCGCAUGAUAAUAUAAUAAAUCCUACACACAGAGCAUCCUCUAACUGAUAGUACAAUCAAGAUGUUGA